AUGCCCAAUAAGACCCUUCACUCCGCGACUUCCCUGUUGCGGCGGCAGGAAAAGCUCUCCAAGCUCGACGUGGACGAAGACGCCGCGGCGCAGGAGCUUGCCAGGGAACUCAAUCGCUUGCUGGACCAACGCCGCGAACGGGAGGAGACAACAACCCUUCGAAACAGUGACGAAACCGAUAAUGCAGCAAGACGAGGAACUACCGAUGGUAGCACUAGCAGUAGCACCUCCGGCGCAAAGCUGGAUUAUGGCGAUGGAACCGAAAAAACGGCCAGUGGUGCUGCAGUUUCAUCGUCAAAUAGACACGUCGACACACGCACAAGCGAGGUGGACGACGACACGCGACAAAACGAGGCAAAGGAUUAUGGGGGCGGACGAGGUCUAGGCGGUCCUCGGGGGGUUCUUGCGAGCUCCACCGUUGAUGAUCCAAGUCUUCUAGCGUCUGGCGACCCGGAAUUGAUUGCGCUCGAGCGAGUAUGGAAAUGAUGCAUUGUAGCAUUUCGAAUCACUUUAUUUUGCAGCAACUCAAUGUGCAACUUCUUAGCAGAUCAUCGUAUAGCAGCGAACAAGAGUACACUUGUGUAUGUUGGGCUUCAUGUUGUUGUUGCGCGAUCUGCGCCAUUACGUGUGUAUGUAGUGGGAAUCUGGGUUAUAAAAUAGAGUGUGCGUGACGCACCACCGAUGCUAGAACAUAAGCUUUCUGUGACAGAAAAAGUGACGGGAUAUUUUCGCUCCACGAACCGAAUUGCAGUCCCAGAUGCAGAAGUUCUGCCCAGCACUUGUCGGUACUAACCUGGACGUUUUUAUUUUGGUUUUGUUUUCGGGCUCCUGCGUCUGUUCUUUACGACCGAAACCGAUAAUCAAACUGCACAAAGCUUACACUGAAAAAAAAAGAAAAAAACAUCUGAAUGCACAACCAUAUUUAUCAGGCCGCGCCGGUCCAGCUCCAGCAGCCAGUGACACCGAGUUAGACGGAGACAAAUCUGGGUCCCAACAAGGCGCAGCAUUGUCCUCUGCUUCUCUGUCAAAUUCCGCACAGAAAGACAAGAAUCUGCAUGGUGUGGACUUCGAGCACGAUGAAACCGAGCAGAGUCUGCAGAUAAACGUCAACGCUCCGUCAAACAGUUGGCGCACAACAUCGUCUUCACAGGACAAGACCCCUAGUAAGACUCUGCGUGCAUCGUUAUCGAAUACGGCGACCUCCCUCCGGGACAGUACCACCUCGAUCGGCGGGCUAACAGGCCGAACUCAUCAAGACCACCACACUUCCACCGGUGGAAUAAAGACCCCCUCCAGUCGAAGCAACAGCCGAGAGCCUGGGUCUGCGAGAGGGAAUAUUAAACACCCGCAGCUUUCAGCUCGCGGUGGAAGGGAAGGAGGUGGCGCUGCAAUUCCCCAACAUUACGGAACGCCCACUUCCAGCAGCCGGUCUGCAACAUCUUCCCGUCGCAAAUCUGACCAAGAACUACAUCAAGACGCGACCAUUGCUGCGUUGUACCGAAACACGCGCAACGUGGAAGACUUGCUCCGGCAGACCGACACGGCCUUCCAGCAGCUCCCGAAAAUCGAAGCGGACGCUGUCGCGCUGGAGGUGGAUGAGUUGGCGGGUUUGAAUAUGCAUUGCAAAAGUAUCGUACUCGUACUGAUCGCAUUCAUGCAUUACAAAUUUCUUUCUUAAGUUAAAUCCGCAUUACAAAUUUCAUUUCUCAUGCUGUCUGAGGAUAUUAAUUUGUCAUGCGAUUUGGAUUUUAUACUAGUACGAUGCUUUCGCAUUUCAUAUUGAAGUUGGAGAUGCAGUUUCUCGAGUCCGCGUUGAACGAAAGGGACGGCGGGGGGACAACCACAGCCGAAGAAGAGGAGGAGAAGGCGAAUAAAAGGGACGAAGAUCAUCGUGGUCUAGACAAGCGAGGGGAUUCGUCCACCUCCCAGGGACAGGGUGCAGCAGUACUGGGCGGAGGAGCUUCUACAUCAACCACUAUAGGAGCUGCCCAUAGUUACAACUACGUGGAGGAUGCGGCGACGCAGCUUCUGCAGGACGAACUGGCGUUGCUGGAAAAGGAAUGGGCGGUGCUGAAAAAACGCGAGCACGCACUCUGCGCUGUUGCGGAACUCGAACUCCCGUCGAGUGAAUCUCCUGCAGCUGUGAGUGGAGACGUUGAUCAUGUGAAAAAAGCUGCAAGUAGUGUUGGCGGACGAGAUUUUCUGUCGCGGACCUCGAAGGACGAGGAAGUAGAGUCGACUCAUCAACAACAAACUGCCAGCGCGGCACGGGCCACGACACUGCGACGGCAGAAUGAAAUGCUUAAGGCAAAGUUCGGCAUCACCGGUCUGGUAUCAAAGCAGCCGGGAAAUUAUAGCAGCUCGUCAACAUCUACUGAUCCUUCCAAGGACGGAGCUGCAGGCGAAGUAGAUUUUGCGUCGUCGAGUGACCACGGGCACCGUAUCAGUAGAACUGGUCCCUUACGUCGAUUAGACGAGGAUUUGGCGCGCUUGGAUCGGGUUCUUGAAUGAGAUCAGUGUUGAGCAAUUUCCUGAGACUCCCCUUGUUGUGCGGAAGUACUUCAUUCUCGUCUGCACGCAACUUGUAUACCAUCUGACGUCUUCGUUCCUCUUUGGGGGUUUGGGGGUGAGAGUGUCAGUCAAUGACUAGGAGGCCAUGAAUGGUGCGCGUGUUCUGGAGCGCUAAAAAUGAGAGACGAAUUGAGCUGCAUGUUGAGCACGCAG